AACAUGAGACUACUCUUGACAGCGUCUUUUCUCGUUCUCACAUCAGCUUUCAGGCAAGACCUUUCCCAGAGGGAAUUAAAUUAUAUGUAUUAUCCCGACGAAAGAGGGAUUCCUCAUAUAAUAGAUCUGAAGCAGACAGUUCCUAAUGAAGCUCUCAGAACGAUCAGAAAUAGUGCCGAGAGUGUCGUCUUCAAGCUCUAUACACCAACAAGCCCAAACGACGGCCAAAUAUUAACGAAAGAAAAUGUCCACAAUUCCAUGUUUGAACACACGUACCCUACAAGUUUUAUUAUCCACGGCUGGAAAUCCAAUGCAAAUGAGAAAGUUGGUACAUUGAUUCGCGAGGCUUAUUUGGACGUCGGUAAUUACAACGUAAUUACAGUAGACUGGAGUUAUAUCGCCAGCAUGUAUUACAUUUAUGCAGUCAAAGGAAUGACAAUUGUAGCAGAACAGGUAGCUUUGAUCAUUGAAGAUUUGGAAUAUUAUGCCGGUCUAGACAAAUCUACGGUUAAGAUAAUUGGCCAUUCUUUGGGAGCACACAUCGCCGGUCUCGCAGCUAGAUCGUUGACGGGAAAUUUAAAAGAAAUUGUUGGGUUGGAUCCUGCCUUACCGCUUAUUACAGCGGAUAUAAUGAUUAACGCAAAAGACGGGGAGCAUGUACAAAUCAUUCACACCGCUGGUGCACCUUUGGCGAUAUUUCAACCACUGGGUACUUCUGACUUUUAUCCCAAUGGUGGAAAAUCCCAACCAGGAUGUGGUAUUGACUUUUUCAGUACCUGCGCUCAUUCCCGUGCGUACUAUUAUUUCGCUGAAUCCAUAAGAGAUCCUACAGGAUUUCAUUCCAUCGGCCAAAGAUCCAGAACUAAUUGCAAAAAAUGUUCUCCAGAAAAUUUAAACAAAUGUAUGUACACGAACAUUGGAGGAGAAAGUAAAGAAGCGUCAUCAAAGCUUUGUUCCCGAUGUGCAAAGCUAGGCAACAAUUGUAAGAAGAAUAUCUAUGCUACUGCUUACAUGGGUGGGUCUGAACUUGAUCCAAAUGCAAGAGGCAGCUAUGAAUUACGAACAGCAAGUUCACCGCCGUUUGCUUUGAAACAAAACAACGUCUGAAAUAACAAGAACCGAUAUUACGGAAUCGAGAGACAACGUGUCGUAAACUAAUAAGAGAAAUUCAAAGCGGCUGUCACAAUUCGCCGAUGGACAAGUGACCGAAGAAAAGAAAUGCCGACACGGUAACAGAGCAUGCACCUCCAAGUUGAUAGAAAUCAUGAUUUCUAAAUAUUACAGUUAC